CUUCUUUCUGAGAGAUUGCAUUUGCAUGCACUAGUAAAAGUAUUGUACCAAAAUGGCCUUCCUUUCUAUUGUUUCCAAGUCUGCUGUCAUGCUCUUCAUCACUGCCUUGUGCUUCCUCUUUGUCAUGCAGCUCCAAGCUUCUGCCUUGGCAGAUUGCAAGAUGGGCAGUGGAUGCUUCUACGUCAAAGCAACUCUGCAUGAAGUGCAUUCCAGAAAGUUGCUUGAAGGGAUGAAGGGCAAUGAAAUGGUUUUCAAGAGUGGCAUGGCUGGAUCGGCAAGUGGUGGCAAAGGGAUGAAGGUUGGUGCUGGUUGGGAGUUGAGGGAGGCUCCGAUGGGUCCAGACCCCUUGCACCACCACGGUGGCGGCCCCAAGAACGCCAAGACACCAUAGUGCUUUUGUGGAUCCCCACCCUUUUGAGACAGAGUUGUCUUAAGUUUUGGCUACUCCGAUCCUGCUAUAAAUCUAGAA